AUGAACAGAGACACAGGCAGUCGAGGUGCCAUGAACGAUUCCCAGUCCAACUCAACGGUUCUAGAAGUGGAGUCCUACACCCCUCUCAUCGAUCCGUGGUUCCUCGAAUGUUUCCUCGUGUUCAACAUGGUCGUCUGCGUGGCGGCCGGCAUCCUCGGCAUCUUCGGCAACGUCGUCAACGUCAUCAUCUUCUACCGCCAGGGCUACCAGGACAGCGUCAACGUCACGCUGACGUCACUGGCCGUCACCGACACGGGAGCGCUGCUCAGCUUGCAAGUCCUCAACAUCAUGAUCAACCCCUGGUUCCUCUCUUCGGGAAUUCCCGUCGACGCGCAGGGGUUUUCCCUGAUGGUGUCCGUCUACCCCCACAACUACUUCAUCCGCGUCUGCGGUUUUAUAACCGCUUUCGCGUCUUUCGAAAGAUGUAUCUGUGUCGUCAGCCCGCUUAGGGUUAAAAGCAUCAUCACCAACAAAACAACAAUAAUAACCAUCACUCUAAUUUGUGUUAUAACGACUUUAGAUUUAAUCCCGCCGUAUUAUAUAAGCUAUCUCGGCUGGGCGUUCAUCCCUGCGCAAAACAGAUCCAUUCUCACAGCAAUAUACCGACAAAACCCUUACACUGUUUUCAGUAUCUCCUACAUCAUGACCGAUCUCGUCGCGCCCUACGCGACGUUUUUCAUUAUAAUCCUCAGCACAAGUAUCAUCACCGUCAAACUCAGAAGCCAGGCAAAAUGGCGUCAGUCUCUGGUCAAAUCUAGCACGAACAUCUCCACCAAAGAGAAAAAGACAGUCGUCAUGCUGUCCACUAUCUCUAUCGUGUUCGUCAUUUGCUUACUACCCCAGUCAGCCAUUUUGGCAGCCAUAAGUUUCGUGCCGGAGUUGAGCUACGGGGGCCGGCAUUUCGACGUGUCCACCCUGUGCUACUGUAUCUCCUACAUGUUUGAGACCAUCCUCUCCAGCGUCAACACCCUGGUGUAUUUUAAGAUGAGCCAGAAGUACCGAGAACAGUUUAUUCUUAUUUUUAAGUUGAAAUAG